ACUUUCAGCGCGAGGGCAUUGUGGGAAGCAGCCAUGGUCUAAGCCUCACCUGUCAGCCACGCCGGCUCCUGCGCUCGCCUCUAGCCCUAGCGUCUCCAGCUCUCCUAGCUCGCACGCGGGGGCGGCGGCGGCACGGUCACCAUGAUACAUUUCAUAUUGCUCUUCAGUCGACAAGGGAAAUUACGGCUGCAGAAAUGGUACAUCACUCUCCCUGACAAAGAGAAGAAGAAGAUCACCAGGGAAAUUGUUCAGAUUAUUCUCUCCCGUGGUCAUAGGACAAGCAGUUUUAUUGACUGGAAGGAGCUAAAACUUGUUUAUAAAAGGUAUGCUAGUUUAUAUUUUUGCUGUGCAGUAGAAAAUCAGGACAAUGAGCUCUUGACGCUAGAGAUUGUGCAUCGUUACGUGGAGCUGCUGGACAAAUAUUUUGGAAAUGUCUGUGAGCUGGAUAUCAUCUUCAAUUUUGAAAAGGCUUAUUUCAUCCUGGAUGAGUUUAUAAUAGGUGGAGAAAUUCAGGAAACAUCCAAGAAAAUUGCUGUCAAAGCCAUUGAAGACUCUGAUAUGUUACAGGAGACAUUGGAAGAAUACAUGAACAAGCCUACAUUUUAACUGGAAAUCUACCUGAAGACUCGAGCCUACGUGUUAUGAAGCUGUAAAUAAGCAAUGCUUUCCAUCUGGGUUUUUGAUGGAGCCUCAGGCACCAUGCCAAAAAUAACUUAAAGGGAUUUUUGUUAACAAAAGUUAAAGUUGUUUAACAUAUUUAUAAUUACUAUAUGUCUGUAUUAUUA